UGGCUGCGGUGCUCCAAGCGCUCGAUGCUGCCAGAGGCUUGCGAUCCUGGACGUGGCGCCUGGAGGUUUGGGGAAUAGAAUAUCUUUCGCCUUUUGUGGUGGAGGGGAAUCAUGCUUUCGUAUCGAGAAAUUUUGCUAGCAUUAGCUCGCCUUGCACAGGUUUAUGGACUUGUCGAGCUCAAGCACUAUGAGAGAAGCUGUGCCACUUUAAAGAUGAGAUUCGAGCUUUUUCCUUGGGGCCUGAUUGGCUCCAAAAGCUUAUAUGCUACCAGAACUCAGGAUUUGCUUGGACUGGACGGGACGCAAUUGCAACAUGCAAGAGGUAGCGUAGUUUUUAAUAAUUCUACGCUGAGGAUGACGAGCAGAGUUAAGCGAAUUUCGUGCGAGCAAACGUGUUUGACUCGGAUAAAUCCAUCCUUCUUUAAGAUUCACAGGUAUGGUCUGUAGCUCUCCACGUGUUCGC